AUGGCAGCAUCUGGUUGUUGUUUCUGGAUCAAUGUCAUGGUUUUUGGCUUGGUGGGUUUUUUGUUUGGGAUAAUCUUGAAUCAUUUCUUACCCUUGUUCUUGAAGCAUGGACUUGUUCCUAAAGGUUCUUUUGGGUGGCCAUUACUUGGAGAAACCCUUUCCUUUUUGAAUCCUCAUCCUUCUAACUCCAUUGGAUCUUACCUUCAACAACAUUGUUCUAGGUAUGGGAAAGUGUUUACAUCCCAUUUAUUCUUCUCUCCCACGGUGGUUUCGUGUGAUCAAGAGCUCAACUACUUCAUCCUACAGAAUGAAGAUAAGCUUUUCCAAUGCAGCUAUCCAAAACCCAUCCAUGGCAUUCUUGGCAAAGUCUCAAUGCUGGUUGCAGUUAGUGAAACUCACAAGAAGCUCAGAAAUGUGGCUCUUUCAUUAGUCAAUACCACUAAAUCCAAACCUGAGUUCCUUAAUGAUGUUGAAGGAAUCGCAGUUCAGAUGCUCAGUUCAUGGAAAGAUAAAGAACAAGUCAUUUUCUGUGAUGAAGCAAGAAAGUUUGCAUUCAAUGUAAUAGUAAAGCAAGUGCUUGGGUUGAAGGCUGAUGAGCCAAGAACAGCAGAAAUUCUUCAAGAUUUUCUUUUGUUCAUGAAAGGGCUAAUUUCAUUACCACUCUACAUUCCAGGGACUGCCUAUGCAAAAGCUGUUCAGGCUAGAAGCAGAAUAUCUUCAACUGUCAGGGCAAUAAUUGAGGAAAGAAGAAGGGCAUCAGCAGCAGCAGCUAAAUAUGUUGAUGAUGAUAUUCCUAAAAAUUCAUCAUCAAUCAGCAGUAAACAAAGGAGUGAUUUUCUUGAGAUUUUACUCUGUGUGGAUACCUUAUCUGAAGAUGAAAAAGUCAGCUUUGUGUUAGAUUCUCUUUUGGGUGGGUAUGAAACCACAUUCCUUCUCAUGGCUAUGGUGGUUUACUUCCUUGGUCUUGGUGACUCAAAUCCUAUCCUUGAACAAUUAAAGAUAGAGCAUGAGGGCAUAAGGAAAAUGAAGGAGAAAGAUGAGAACCUGAAUUGGGAAGAUUACAAGAAGAUGUCCUUUACUCAACUUGUCAUAAAUGAAGCUCUGAGAAGUGGAAACAUUGUGAAAUUUGUCCACCGAAAGGCUCUUAAAGAUGUCAAAUUUAAAGAGCUGCCAUAA